GGCGGGCGCUGGCGUGGCGCUGGCGGCCGCCGUGAUGCUCUGGGUUUGCGGCGGCGGAGCCGGGCCGAGAGCCGAGGGCGAGGCGGAGUGGGCGGAGCCCUGGAGUGGCGCGGUUUUCCAGCCGCCGGCGGCGCUGGGCUCGGUGGGGGUGGCGCGGAGCUUGGGGAAGCCGGAGCGCGACGAGGGCGACCUGCCCAUCCUGUUGUGGUGGAGUCCAGGCUUGUUUCCCCACUUCCCCGGGGACUCGGAGCGCAUCGAGUGCGCGCGCGGCGCGUGCGUGGCCUCCCGGGACCGGCGGCGGCGGCGGGAGCCGCGCACACGCGCACUGCUUUUCUACGGCACGGACUUCCGUGCGUCCGAGGCGCCGCUGCCCCGCCUGGCGCAUCAGAGCUGGGCGCUGCUGCACGAGGAGUCGCCGCUCAACAACUUCCUUUUGAGCCACGCGCCCGGCAUCCGCCUCUUCAACCUCAGCGCCACCUUCAGCCGCCGCUCCGACUACCCGCUGCCGCUGCAGUGGCUCCCCGGGCUCGCCUACCUGCGCCGCGCCGCGCCCGCUCCCGCGGAGCGCGCGGCCUGGCGCCGCCAAGGCUACGCGCCACUCCUCUAUCUGCAGUCCCACUGCGACGUGCCCUCGGACCGCGACCGCUACGUGCGCGAGCUCAUGCGCUACAUUCCGGUGGACUCGUAUGGCAAGUGCCUGCAGAAUCGCGAGCUGCCGGUCAGGCUGCGCGACACGGCCACAGCCACGUCGGAGGACCCUGAGCUCCUGGCCUUCCUGUCCCGCUACAAGUUCCACCUGGCCAUGGAGAACGCCAUCUGCGAGGACUACAUGACGGAGAAGCUGUGGCGGCCGCUGCACCUGGGGGCCGUGCCCGUGUACCGCGGCUCGCCGUCCGUGCGCGACUGGAUGCCCAACGAGCGCGCCGUCAUCCUGGUGGACGACUUCGAGUCGCCGCAGCAGCUGGCCGCCUUCAUCGACUUCCUGGACAGCAAUGACGACGAGUACGCCAAGUAUCUGGCCUACAAGCAGCCCGGGGGCAUCACCAACCAGCUUCUUCUGCACAGCCUGGAGCAGCGCGAGUGGGGCGUGAAUGACCCCCGGCAGCCCAGCUACCUGGAGGGCUUCGAGUGCUUCGUCUGUGACCAUGAGCUGGCCAGGCUCGCCGCCGAAGAGGCCCACGCGGCCGACCCUGCCCGCAUCCCGCCGCCGCCGCCCCGAAUCGCGCAGCACUCCCACAUGGCCUGCCCGGAGCCCUCUCCCGGCUUUGGGAGGCCCGAGGAGAUCCCCGAGAACGACAGCUGGAAAGAGAUGUGGCUGCAGGAUUACUGGCAAGGCCUGGACCAGGGGGAGGCCCUCACUGCCAUGAUCCAUAACGAGGCAACCUGUAUAUCCGAGAUGUCCUUGAUGAUGGCUUGCUGGAAGCAGAAUGAAUUUAGCGACACAAUUUGUUCCAAGGAGAUCGAAGACUUUUUUGACUGUGCUUCAAAGGCUGAGGCAGAGCGGAAGCAGAAGGCAAAACAGGAGUUGCUGGGCUCCUCUGGGAAUUUGACUCCCAAGCAAACAAAUAAAUUGUUGGGGAGGUUUCCUAAUAUAUCCUGCAUUAUCUGAAGGUGUUGCUUAGCUUUUUAAGGACUGGCCUUAUGGAAGCAACUUAGUGGUGUUUGAACUGAGUGGCAUAGGACAUGGUCUCACCCCUGUGGGGUUGUGAUUUGGGUGAGAGUUUUGCUUUACCCUGAAAUAAAAUCUUUACAGAGA